AUGUUCGUAAACCGUUGACUCUUUUCAACUAACCACAAAGAUAUCGGAACCCUCUAUCUAUUAUUUGGUGCCUGAGCAGGAAUAGUAGGGACAGCCUUAAGUAUUCUCAUUCGAGCUGAACUAGGACAACCAGGAGCACUCCUAGGCGAUGACCAAAUUUAUAAUGUCAUUGUUACAGCCCAUGCAUUCGUAAUAAUUUUCUUUAUAGUUAUGCCUAUGAUAAUCGGAGGCUUCGGAAACUGGCUUGUGCCGCUAAUGAUUGGGGCCCCUGAUAUAGCAUUCCCACGAAUAAACAACAUAAGCUUUUGAUUACUUCCCCCAUCAUUUUUACUCCUUUUAGCAUCAUCUAUGGUAGAAGCCGGAGCCGGAACAGGAUGAACAGUAUACCCACCCUUAGCCGGUAAUCUAGCCCAUGCCGGAGCUUCUGUUGAUCUAACCAUUUUCUCCCUUCACCUAGCCGGCGUAUCCUCUAUCUUAGGAGCUAUUAAUUUUAUCACCACUAUUAUCAAUAUAAAACCCCCUGCUAUAACCCAAUAUCAGACACCUCUAUUUGUGUGAUCCGUAUUAAUUACAGCUGUACUUCUACUUCUUUCACUACCAGUGUUGGCAGCAGGCAUUACCAUACUCCUCACAGAUCGAAACCUAAAUACUACUUUUUUUGAUCCUGCUGGAGGCGGAGAUCCAAUUCUCUAUCAACAUCUAUUUUGAUUCUUCGGACACCCAGAAGUCUAUAUCCUCAUCCUCCCAGGAUUUGGAAUUAUCUCCCACGUAGUUACCUACUACUCUGGGAAAAAAGAACCAUUUGGAUAUAUAGGCAUAGUUUGGGCCAUAAUAUCUAUUGGUUUCCUAGGAUUUAUUGUAUGAGCUCAUCAUAUAUUCACAGUAGGCCUAGAUGUAGACACGCGAGCCUAUUUCACAUCUGCCACCAUAAUUAUCGCAAUCCCUACAGGAGUAAAAGUAUUUAGCUGACUUGCUACCUUGCACGGAGGUAACAUCAAAUGAUCUCCUGCUAUACUAUGAGCCCUAGGGUUUAUUUUCUUAUUCACAGUAGGAGGGUUAACAGGAAUCGUCCUAUCUAAUUCAUCACUUGAUAUCGUACUCCAUGAUACAUACUAUGUAGUAGCCCACUUCCACUAUGUGUUAUCUAUAGGAGCAGUAUUUGCCAUUAUAGCCGGCUUUGUCCACUGAUUUCCUCUAUUUUCAGGAUACACCCUAGACGAUACAUGAGCAAAAGCCCACUUCGCUAUCAUAUUUGUAGGUGUCAACAUAACAUUCUUCCCUCAACAUUUCCUAGGACUGUCAGGAAUACCUCGACGAUACUCUGACUACCCAGAUGCUUACACCACAUGAAACACAAUCUCAUCUAUAGGUUCAUUUAUCUCACUUACAGCCGUCCUCGUAAUAAUUUUUAUGAUUUGAGAGGCCUUCGCAUCAAAACGAGAAGUGCUUUCAGUCUCCUACUCCUCAACCAACCUAGAAUGACUUCACGGGUGUCCUCCACCUUACCACACAUUCGAAGAGCCUUCCUAUGUAAAGGUUAAAUAA